AUGACUUCAUUUAAUAAGAAGACCACUGGCAAUGAGGUCGUAGCUACUUUUGCUGCUUCUGUUGCCGGCAAAACAGUCCUAAUUACCGGUCCAAGCAAUGGUUCAAUCGGUGCAGAAACUGCACUCUCUCUCGCAACUGCCAACCCCUCAACCAUGAUCCUCGUCGGGCGGACAGAGUCCAAAGUCCUCCCCGUCAUCUCCAAAAUCUCCUCCUUGAACCCAUCCAUCACCACCAAGUUCAUCACCUGCGACCUAGCUUCUCAAGCCUCAAUCCGUGCCGCUGCCGCUGAGAUAAACGCUGCCUUCCCAGAGAUCGACUACGUCUUCAAUACAGCUGGCGUCAUGGCUGUUCCUACCUACCAGACUUCCAAGGAGGGUGUUGAAAUGCAAUUCGCCAGUAACCACCUUGGGCAUUUCUUACUGACGAAUUUGAUCAUGCCGAAGAUCUUGGCGGCUGGGGAGGGAAGUCGAAUUAUCAAUGUUUCUAGCACGGGAUUCGAGAUGGGAGGUGUGAAUUUUGAGGAUGUCAAUUACAAUAAUGGCAAAAACUAUGAUUGCUGGGCAGCAUAUGCGCAAUCCAAGACCGCAAAUGUACUUUUUGCAGCUGGCCUUGCCGAUAGGUUGAGAAGUAGAGGCAUUCAGUCAUUUGCUCUACAGCCGGGCCUUGUCACGGAAUCCAAUCUUUCCACUCACCUAACACCAGAUAUGUGGGGAGUAGUUAUGAAAGCUCUUGAAGCCUCGACUGGUGGCGAUCCCACGAAGAUGGAGGCGCCGAAGACGCUGCAGGAAGGGUGUGCAACAUCUUUAGUUGCUGCACUUGAUCCUUCCAUUGCUGAUCAAUCUGGCGCUUUUCUUCAAGAUUGUGUUGUACGACCUGUUCUUCAAAAUUAUGCUCAAGGAAAGGAGAAUGUUGACAAGCUAUGGGAGCUUAGCGAAAAGUUGGUAGGGGAGAAAUUCUCCUACUAG